UCCUCCGAUCUCAUCCUUGACCGCCUCGCCUCCUCCGAUGGUCAAAUCAAGCUCAAAGCCAUCCGGCAGCUGAAGAACCACAUAAUCGGAAACCGCACCAAGAAACUCUCAUACAUCAAGCUCGGAGCCGUCCCCGCCGUCGCCGCAACCCUCGCCGACUUCGAUUCCGACCCCAACCUCAUUGUACAGUCCGCCGCCGCGCUUGGCAGCUUCGCCUGUGGCCUUGACGCCGGUGUCCGUGCUGUCCUCGACGCCGGAGCUUUCCCUCACUUGAUCAGGCUCCUCUCUGCCUCCGAUGACAAGGUUGUGGAUGCAGCUGCACGUUCUCUACGAAUGAUUUAUCAAUCAAAAUUGGCCCCAAAAUAUGAUUUUUUCAAGGAAGAGAACUUGGAGUUCCUGCUUUUACUGUUGAAAAGCGAGAAUGAAAGUCUUUCUGCACUGGGUGCGAGCAUUAUUAUUCAUUCGUGCGAGACAGGUGAAGAACAGAAUAUCUUAUGCUAUGCUGGUGUGUUGGACAAACUCAUCAGCCUUCUGUAUGGUUCUCUAAGCCAGCGAGAUGCUAGUUUGGAGUCCAUAGCUGCGAUAGUUAAAAACAAUUCUGAAGCUGUCUCUAAAUUUGUCGACCUUAGAGGUGGAAGAGCUUUGAGCCCUGUAAUUGAAUUAAGUAAAGACAAAUAUUCUCGGACAAGAUUACUAGCUUGCUUGUGCCUGAUUUGUGUUAAGAAUGCUUCUUCUUACCAUCUUCAAGACACAGGAAUCAAAACCAAACUGAUAAAUAUUCUGCUUGAACUCCUUGAUGAUUCUGGUCAAGUUGGAGAUGAAGCUCCAUUUGCCUUUUUGAGUUUAAUUGCUGAGAAGGAAGAUUUGCAGAAGUUAGCAUUUGAGGGAAAUGCAAUUGAUAAGUUCUACAAUCACUUGCAAGACUGUCCUUCACAUCCCAAACGUCUUGAAGGGAUAUUUCUAGCCUUGGCUGAUCUUUGCUCUAAAUUGGAGUGCUGCAGGUCUAAGUUUCUUUCGUUACAGAUGUUAAAUCUACUAGUUGAUGCUUUAACCCAUUAUGAUGCCAAUGUACGCACUGCAGCCUGCAUUUGCUUGAAAAGUGUCUCUCGUUCCAUCAAGAAUUUGAGUGUAGGUUAUUUUAUGAACGAAAGAAUUGUCAUUCCGUUGGUUCGACUCCUCUCUGAUCCUUCUACUUCUGUCCAGGUUGCAGCCCUUGGUGCUAUCAGCAACAUUCUGGUUGACUUUACAGCACAUAAGUCAGUGUUUGUACAAUGUGGAGGCAUUAAAGAGCUUGUUCAAUUGACAAAGUCAAUGGAUCCAUCUUUAAGGUUAAAUGCUGUAUGGGCCUUGAGAAACAUGGUAUUUCUGGCAGAUAAGAUGUGUAAGGAAGGAAUUUUUAUGGAACUGACGGUUUCUUCUGUAGCUAGCCUUAUUUGCGAUCCUGAGCCUUCUAUUCAAGAACAAGCGCUGGCUCUUGUGCGAAAUGUUGUUGAUGGGUGUAUGGACUGUGUUGAAUACGCUUUUGCUGAAGAAGGUAUCAUCCUGGAUGCUGUUGGAAGGCAAAUUCGGAAAUCUUCAAAAACCGAAAUUUUGAUACAGGGGAUGUACGUGCUCAGCAAUGUUGCAAGCGGGAAUGAGUUUCAUAAAGAAGCUAUCAUGAAACUACUCUUCCCACCAGCAGAAAAUGGGUCUCGCUCUUUCUUCUGCCAGUUUUUGCACAGCAGUGACAGUCGUUUACGCACAUCUGCUGUUUGGGUCAUAGUCAAUUUGACUUUUCCUGCAAGUCCUGGUGCAUUUGGUCGGAUUGUAGAACUGCGUAAAUUUGGUGUAGUUUCUCAAAUCAAGAGGAUGGCCAAUGAUUCUUGCAUGGAUGUGAAGCUUCGCGCAAGACAUGCACUUGGGCAGAUUAUUACCUUUGGUGAUAGUUAACUGUCUCCAUGCAAAGCCCUUUGAUGAAGCAAAGAAGAAAGUCUUGAUAGAGUUAUUUUCUCUAGUACAUUAUAUGUAAGGGGGGUAUCCAACCUCAGCUUCGGAUAUGGUAAAUCAAAUUAUUUCUUUAAAUUUUUGAACAAGUCAGAGCAGUGUGAAAGGUUUCAAUUUUGUUAGCACUCCUGACCAACCAGGAUACGCCCCCCAAGUUUCAUUUUCUUGUUAAUUACUCCAAGUGUUUCUCUUUCUAAGUCAGAUGCUCCAAGUAGAUCGACAGGCUUUAGUAUUGUACAAUAUGAGUAGUAAAUGUCAAGUUUAGAACUUAGCUUCAAGUUUCAGCUUCAUCCUUGGUUCUGCUUUAUUUUGCCAAAUAGUAGAAUUGUAUUUUUAUGUGUAAGUAGUGAUUGAUGUUAUGUGCUUGAUCUCUAGUUAUUGGUCGACAAAGUAGGUCCUAAAUAUAAGCAACAAAUUUACUACA